AUGCGGGGGCGGGCGCCGGGCCGGGCGCGCGGGCGGGCGCUGGUUUAUAGCGCGCUGGGCCGCGCUGGCCGCACUCGCCCGCCGCCUCCGAGCGCUGCCAACGCUCUCGCUCGACUCGCCCGGGAUCCCCUGGACAUGGCGCCCCACGCCCGCCCGUUGCGUCCCGGCGUGGCCCGGCUGCUGCUCUUGGGCUGCCUCUUGGCUCCGGUGCCCGGCUUCGCAGGCACUACAGAUGUAGUGGUACCAUAUAAUUUGACUUGGAAAUCAACUAAUUUCAAGACAGUUUUGGAGUGGGAACCCAAAUCCGUCAAUCACGUCUAUACUGUUCAGAUAAGUGAUAAACUUGGAGAUUGGAGAGGCAAGUGCUUCUCCAUCACAGACACGGAAUGUGACCUCACCGACGAGAUCAUGAAGGACGUGAAUCAGACGUACAUGGCGAGGGUCAUUUCCAUCCCCGUGAAGGUCACCAGUUACACAGAGGAGCUCUCCUACAUCAACUCCCGGAAGUUCACACCUUACCUGGAAACCAACAUUAGUCAGCCAACAAUUCAGAGUUUUAAACAAGUUGGAACAAAACUGAAUGUGACUGUACAAGAUGCACAUACCUUAGUCAAGAUGAACCACACAUUCCUGAGCCUCCGGGAGGUCUUUGGCCAGGACCUCACCUAUAUACUGUAUUAUUGGAAAGCUUCCAGUACAGGAAAGAAAACAGCCAAGACAAACACUAAUGAGUUUCUGAUUGACGUGGAUAAAGGAGCAGACUACUGUUUCUGUGUCCAUGCAGUGAUUCUCUCACGAAAGUUAAACAAGAGGAGUCCCGAUAGCACCACCGAGUGCACCAGGCGAGGGAAAGUUGCAUCCCAAGAACUGUUCUUCAUCGUUGGAGCUGUGGUGUUCGUGGUCAUCAUCUUCAUCAUUGUCCUUGCUCUGUGUCUGCACAAGUGCAGGAAGAGGAAGGCAGGACACAGUAGGAAGGAGGGGUUCCCCCUCAACACAGCAUAAACACACGCUAUGGGAGCUGCCCGCUGCUAGAGUCUCGACUGUACUGUGACCAAGAACUCUUCAAAGGAUGGAUGAGAUGAAAACACAAAUGAAUAUUGCAGUACAUGGAGACCUUUGGGCAGGAAAGAGAAAAAGACAGAACAGGCUCUUAGUCAACCUGGUCUCACAAUUGGCAUUCCAGUUUCAACACUAGCAUGAGUCACUUUGGAAUUUAAAGAAUGGUACUGCUAACUCCAAGUUUUAAAGAUUUUUAUUUUAACACUAUGGCACAUUUUGCACAUACCGUGUGUUAAGACUAUGUAUUCUGUGUUCAAGAUGAUACCAGGUCAUCUGAGCAAGAACAAAUGCCUUUAAAACACAAAAUCCUAGGGGGAUGUUUGGGAAACUUUGAGAGACUGACAUCAACUCCUAUGGAAAUGUAAAAUGGAAAUGGGGUGGAUUUUUUUCUACCACAUGUCUAUUCUUUUGUCUUAUGGUGUUCUGUUCUGGUGGUUGUUUUAGUUUGAUUGUUCUCUGGUUUUGUUUUCCCUGGUUUUGUGUCUGUGUGGAAGUUUGAAACAACUGACCAAUUUUUAUAUGAAUGUAUUCAAUGCAGAGGACUUCCAUUUUGGACACAUUCCUAACAUACAUUACAGCUCAGCACUUUAACUGACAUAGAUGCUGUUGAUUGAACAUUUGACAGCUAGCUACCUGUCAAAUUAUUUUUGUACGACUACUACCCAAGCUACACAGAGUUUAUGAUUUGAGGUACUUAAGUUUCUGUGGUCUAUAUUUGUAUAUAUUUAUAUAAUUUUUUAAAAAGUUGUUGUAUAUGGGGGUUUUCUAUUUAUAGAGGUAAUAUUGUUCUAUUUGUAUAUUUUGAUAUAAUUUAUUUAAUAUACUUUUAUAUAAAUAAAAGGUGACUGGGAA